AUGGCUCUGGAGCUGUCACCCUAUGCCCAGAGGAGCCAGAAGAUAUGUUCACAACUCCAUGUUAGCGGGCAGAUCAUGAACGAGACACAACAUACACGAAUAGGGCAACACCAUACUCUUGAUCUUGAAAUGCACCGCAAUUUCACACUGGAGAAGGAAGUGGGCGCUGAAGGGGAAGGAGUAGGAUGGGACAGUAUAGCCAUCGACAUGCUUAAAGAUGCAGUUGAUGAAGGCGGCAAGAGAAGAGCAGAGGCUGUGGCAGUGGUGAUGCAGGAAGGACUCGCCCAUAUAUGUUUCAUCACACAAUUCCGCACGAUCUUGAAACAAAAGGUUGAAAUGUCAAUCCCACGCAAACGCGCAGGCGGAGGGGACCAUGACAAGGGGCUUUCAAAAUUCUUCCAAGUCACUCUCGACACAUUACUCCGCCAAAUAGAAUUCAACACAAGUAUAACAGCGACAUCGAGCAACAACAAUAACGGCGAAUCAGCGAGACCCAUACUCCUAGCUUCGCCAGGAUUUGUGGCGGCAGGUUUCCAAAAACACAUCCAAUCAGUGGCAUCCACAAAUAUGCCUGCAUUGAAGAGACUUUUACCAUGUAUUGUGGUCGUGCACUCAGCCUCUGGCUAUCUCCAUGCUCUCUCGGAGGUUCUUCAGUCACCCUCCGUGCGGACGUUACUAUCGGACACGAAAUAUGCGCGAGAAACUAAAUUGAUGGACGACUUUUUGGAGCAUUUACGCAAAGACACUAAUAAAGCGACCUAUGGCCCCCGGGAAGUUGAAUUCGCAGUCGAGCAGGGUGCUGUCGGAAGAGGUGGAGGCAUCCUCAUAAUUUCUAAUAGACUUUUCCGUUCGCAAGACGUAGCUCAGAGGAAGCGCUGGGUUGGAUUAGUUGACCGUGUUCGCGAGGUCGAGGGUGGAGAUGUCCGCGUCUUGAGUUCAGAUCAUGAAAGUGGGAAGCGACUGGAUGGUUUAGGUGGUGUCGCUGCGUUGUUGACAUUCCCCAUUGCCGAGGAAGAUUUUGAUUCAGAAGAUGACGAUGACAUGGCUGCGCUACCGCAUAAUGAGCAGCAGCAGGCCAUUGAGGCGCAUUAG